CUUCCUACGCAGGUGACGAAACACUGACUAGACGGGGAACGCUCUCAACCUGGUUUAAUCUUUGGUUGUACUUGUACUUUGAUUGCACUAACAACAACAUCCCCACUUUCCCGUCUUGCAGCCACUCGUCACAAUCAUGUCCGAUAUCAGAAAAACCGAAAAGGUCCAGCUCCACGUCCCAGACUUGGAGGAAGUGCGUGCUGUGUUAAAAAAGGGGCUGGAUGAUAACUUUGCAGAAGUUCAGGUGAGUGUUGUGGAAUGUCCCGAUCUCACAGAGAAGCCGUUCUACUUUCCUGUUAAAGGUUUGUGUGGAAGUCCUCGAGUCACAGAUGUGGGAGGAGUACCUUACCUGGUACCUGUGGUUCAAAAACACAAGGAAUAUGACAUGAAUGCCAUAGCGAAGGAGCUGGAGCUUCCAGGAGCGUUCAUGCUCGGUGCAGGAGCUGUUUCCUCUCGGGUUGUGGGGAUGAACGCAGAGCUGAUUCCUCUGGUUCGAACUGAAGCCGAGGGAAGGCCGGCGGUGAACAGCAGCUACCUCGCCUCCAUCAACCCAGCGGAUGGCCAGUGUCUGCAAGAAAAAUACAGCCAGAAAUUCUCCGACUGUAACUUUGGGAUGCUGGGGAAUCUGUACGCGUGUGAGGGAAGGCCGGGAAAGGUUAUUGAGGUCCGUGCCAAGAAGAGAACAGGACAGGACAGUAUUGUGACGGCCUUGAGAAAGACUCUGGAAGCGGAGUACCCCGAUAAAAGCCUUGCAAUGGGGGGCAGCUUUAUCAUGCAGAAGGGAAAAGCAAAAAUCCACAUCAUGCCGAGAGAGUUCUCCGUCUGUCCGCUGGACACCGACGAAGACGUCAACAACUGGCUGAAACACUUUGAGGUGAACGCCCCACUCAUCUGCCAGUCUGUGCUUGUAUCCAAAGACCCUGGACUGGACCUGCGUGUGGAGCACACUCACUUCUUCAGCCACCAUGGAGAGGGUGGCCACUACUACAUAGACACCACACCUGACAGCGUGGAGUACCUGGGCUACUUCAUGCCAGCAGAGUUCAUCUACCGCAUUGACAGACCCAAAGAGACUCAUGCGGUGGGAAGAGAUUGAUAAAAAUAUAAACCAUGCUGCAUAGAAACGCUACUCUCACUUAGUGUUCAAUCAUUUUGUUAGCAAAUACAGUAACACACAAAUAGCAGAUAAUACAUUCAAAUAAAUUGUCUACCACAAUAUCAA